AUGGCCCAUUUCUCGUGCACUAUCUGCGGUCAAGAAGGCGAAUUUGGCGCUGAGAAAUCAGACGUCACCUGCGUAUCUUGGAAGACAACGGCCGCUUCAUGUCCCAAUUGCAUCCAAGUCAAGGCCAUGGACGAGCACAUUGAGGAAACACGCGCGUAUCUGCGACAUCUCGAAGCCCACCGUGCCGCCUUGAGGCGUGGCGCCAACGCCUUUCAUGACCCUUUCACAUCCCUCCUCCCGACCGAAAUCGCCUCGAAAAUCCUCUGUUUCUGCAUGGACGGUGAAGAUAGAGUCGAAAGAUGGAUACCGCUGGCCCUGUCUGCUGUCUCUAAGAAGUGGCGGGUCAUAGCGCACUCGACGCCGUUGCUGUGGGCCUCUAUUCGCCUUCGACCUGACCUGCGUUCAGGCCGGUACUCGUAUGAAGACAUGCUCCAUCAUUGGCUUCAACGAUCCUCUCAAUGCCCGCUUUCGAUAGACCUCAUAGUCAGCUCCACGCAAUACACUAAAGAAGAACUCGAGAAUCAGUAUCGCCCCAUCAUCGAAAUUCUCAACGCACACUGUCAUCGAUGGGGCAAACUUUCCGUCGUGAUGCCUAUCCAUCUACUCAGUCCCCUUAAGGGCAACUUUAUUGGCAAACCACUUCUCUCUCACCUCGAGAUUCGUGGCACCGAUCCCGAUGAUGAGGAUGACGAAGACAGUCGGAUUUGGAAGUUCGACUUAGGAACCUCUCUCCCCGCUCCCCAUACAGUCUCCCUUUCCUACUGCAGGCCACACAAUAUUCACAUAAAUUGGUGUAAUGUCACUAAUCUAUUUAUCAGGUUCCCUACGCUCCAUGAAAUCUUUGCACUCUUAAAAGCAGCGCCUCUUCUCCGUGAAUGUAGAGCUGAAUACCUGCAGUACGACAUCCAGGCUGCUAGCGGUUAUCAAGACCUCCCCAUAAUCCAUCAAAAUCUAACCAAAUUUGCUGUAAAAAUAUGGGAACACACCAUUUCUCCCCUUUUUGAUGCCCUUUGUUUCCCAGAUCUCAAUUCACUGGUCUAUUCCGGUGCCUACCCAACGAUGUCACCUCUCUUGUCCUUCCUGGUCCGAUCCUCUUGCCCCAUCAAGUCACUCACUAUCCACCUAAGUUCCGACUCCGACCACCGCGCUGAACUUUGUGACAUUCUAUGGGCCAUACCGACCGUAGAACGGCUCAAGAUAGAAGGGACUUGCAUGUUUGAUAACUUUUUCAAACUCCUAGCCGACAAUGAAGAGCGGAGAUUCCUACCGUCAUUGGUGGAGUUUUCCAAUAGCCAUUUGGCAGAUUGGAUCAGCAUGUUCACAUGGAAAGAGAUCUCCAAGGCUGUUGAAGCAAGGGCAUCUCUUCACCAUGCGGAGUCUGGUCUACCUGUUCUCAAGCGGUUUUCCUUGGUCGUAGCUGAGGAGAAAACUAAACACAUUUACUGCAUUGACAAAGAAAGUCUCCAGGUGUUUGAGAAGCUUCUUGCUAGCGGUAUUGACAUCAAAAUCUCCUACUGGAAAAAAGACUUUGUCAGUACUGAUGAUUUCAUGUUAUAUUCAAGAGCAUAUCACGAGGAGCAGAAACGUCAAUCUACGAGCGACAAUUAG